UCCUGCUCCCGGCGCCGCCACCUCGGCCCGGCGCGGGCAGGCGCGCACGGCGCAGCCAUGGAGCCGGAGUGCCGGGUGCUCUCCAUCCAGAGCCACGUCGUCCGCGGCUACGUGGGCAACAAGGCGGCCACCUUCCCCCUGCAGGUUUUGGGAUUUGAAGUUGAUACGGUGAACUCUGUCCAGUUUUCAAACCACACAGGCUAUGCCCACUGGAAGGGUCAGGUGUUGAAUUCAGACGAGCUCCAUGAACUUUAUGAAGGACUUAAGCUGAACAAAGUCAACCGCUACGAUUAUGUGCUCACAGGGUAUACAAGAGACACAUCAUUCCUUGCAAUGGUGGUGGAUAUUGUCCAGGAGUUGAAGCAGCAGAAUUCUAACCUCGUGUAUGUAUGUGAUCCAGUGAUGGGUGACAAGUGGAAUGGAGAAGGCUCUAUGUAUGUGCCCAAGGAUCUCCUGCCAGUCUACAGGGACAAAGUUGUACCUGUUGCAGAUAUAAUCACUCCUAACCAGUUUGAAGCUGAGUUACUCACAGGGAGGAAGAUUUACACAGAAAAAGAUGCACUGGAGGUAAUGGAUAUGCUCCAUGCCAUGGGACCAGAGACUGUGGUGAUCACAAGCUCAGAUCUACAGGCACCUCUAGGAAAUGACUACCUGAUUGCUCUGGGAAGCCACAGGAAAACUAAAGCAGAUGGUACCAGGAUAACACAAAGAAUUCGGGUGGAGUCUCCUAAAGUGGAUGCUGUCUUUGUUGGAACAGGAGACUUGUUUGCUGCUAUGCUUCUGGCAUGGACACACAAGCACCCAAACAAUUUGAAGGUGGCAUGUGAAAAGACUGUGUCAGCCAUGCAGCAUGUUCUGCAAAGGACCAUUAAGAGUGCAAAAGUGCAAGCUGGAGAAGGAAACAAACCAAACUCAGCCCAGCUGGAACUGAGAAUGGUCCAAAGCAAAAAGGACAUAGAAAACCCAGAGAUCAUAGUGAAAGCCACCGUGUUAUAAAGGCUCCACGUCUCCAAUAACGCACAAUGUAUCGAUGUCCUCAUUUCUUUCCUGUAAAUUGUAAUAUUUGCCUUAGAUCUGUGACAGAAACCUGACUUUCAUGAAAUAGUGCCCAGCAUAGGCAGAUAUCCACUCUCAAACAUAUGUGCUGGCCUUGCUCAGUUUUAAAAACAGAACAGUUAGUGUGCAUUGAAGCAUAUUCCCAAGUAUCCCAAUGUCUGUCAGAUUCACUUAGUCUAUGUGAUUACCCAGGGCAAGAGAGCAAUGUUCCUGCCUUGCCAAAGACUGUAGAUGUGAAUUUGCUAAUGGAAUGCUUGACUGACUGGAAAAUGUAUUUCAAGAUGGCAUCUAGUGCCAAUGGAGCUGGCUCCAUGCUCCCUUUUCCUGGAGGUACCUGGUUACCUACUCUGGUAUUCAGUAUCUCAGCUGCUAUGAAACUAAGCAGGGUUAAAGCUACACACACAGUUCUGGUUGUGUGUAGGGGUACUUUGAAGAUGUUUGGCAUGUUCAGUACUCUGAAGUGACCUUGAGGUGUCAUUCAUGUUGCUGAUCUCUGCUCCUGUUUCUUGUCCAUGAACAGCUGCACAGUUUUGGUUGUCGCAGGUUCCGGCUGCUUAUUUCUCGUGUCCACGGGUGCCCGCAUGAUUUUCCUCCAAAAGCUGCUCCAAAAACAUCUUCAUGAACAAGACCAUGCCUUUAUUCAGUAGCACUGGUUAGAAGUAUGGCCUCUGAGGCCAGGUUUGAUUCUCUUUUAACUAAGGGCAAAAGAGAAAGCAGCUCUUACCCUGGAAGUUGGCUGCCUUGGUUUGUUCAUCGUGGGUGGAUGUACUUACAAACUACAUGAGCACUUCAUUUCACACCAGUGAGCUCUGCUGGCAGCCUCAGCAAUGAAGCAAUGUGGGAAAAGUAGUAUUUUUGGUUUAGUCAGAUCUGGAUGAGUUACACAUGUUUACCAAAUGCAGUGAAGUAGAAAAAUUAACUUGUUCAUAAAUGUCUCUGCAAGCAACACCAAUUAGAGAUUACAGAAAUACAUCAUUAUUAUCAUUAUUAUUAUUAUUAUUAUUGUUAAUGCACAAUUCUGCUUGAUAAGGCUUCAAAAUGGGAUUUUUAAUCAUUUCAGUGUCCUAUGGACCACAGCCACAUACUAAAGCAGCAGGGCAGGUCUGCUGACAGGGCACUCACACUUCUGUAGGAUCUGUCUAUGGGAUCUGUGUUCUUUCUUUUCCCAAGAUAAAGUGUAGUGUGCUGUUAAAUCCAGAUGGAGCUGAUGAGCUUUACCUGUCUCAGACUGCAUAAGGGGAUGGAAAUUGCAUCUCUGAUUGCUUUCCUCUCCUGCAUUUAGCAUCACAGGUGAAAAAAAAAUCAUGUUACUUGAGAAUUUAGGGGGAAAAAAAAUCAGCAGGAAUUUAUCUACAAAAUGUGACUCUGAUGCCACAGUUUUUAGUAACCACUGUCAUGAAAUAACUUUCUAGCAAUAAUAAUUUUGGUUGCUAAAGUUAGCAGUCAGUGACAGAGGUAUGAGCUCAUGGCUGAUACCCAGCCUGUAAAAAGAUGUGAACUGCCUUGGCAGUGUGUCCAAGUGUCUGAUGGGAAGCAGUGAAGAGGGAACCAGGCUUUCCUGAGUGGUGCCCAAGGAAGUGAUAAAUAGACAGUAGCACAAAUUGAAAUACAGGAAAAUCCAUGUAAACCUUAGAAAAAUGUAAUUCACUGUGAAGGUGUUCAAACACUGGCACAGGUUGCCCAGAGAGGUGGUGGAGUCUCUGUUCUUGGAGAUACUCAGGUGCAUGACUGCCCUCUGCUCUGCUUGCUCAGAGGUUGGACCAGAGGAUCUCCAGAGGUCCCUUCCAACCUCAGCUAUUCCAUGAUUCUCUGAGCACAUUGAACUGCCUGUCUUUGCAGUGCUGGAUUUUUAAAUUUUGUUCUCCCUGCAACAAAAACUUCCAGAUGGGCUGGGAAAUACUCAUGCUGGUAUUUCCCCCCUUUUUAGGUAAGCUGCUGUUUGUUGGGCAGCUGUGCCAGGAAGACAAUUACCUCUUUGAGAUCCUUGCUUUCAGCAAAGAUAUUUAAAUACUGUAGCUGGUGUUAUGUUCCAACAGUUGAACACAAACAGGAUUUUAACUGUUUCUAACAUUGAUUAACCAAGUGCUGCAUGCCAUAUUCCAAACGAGUUUAUUUAUCUUUUAAAAUCAGACUGUUUCAUGUGGAAGUGUAUAAUCCCUGCCAUUCUCUUAGAAAGAAGGGAUCAACAUCCUGAACUUCCCUGCCUGUACAGACAAUAGUCAAUGCCCUUUUAACAAGUGUGAGACAGCACAGUUUUAUUUUGUCAUUAGAAUAAAGAGACUUCACAAGAGGAUUGAGAGAAAGGCAAGGGCUGUUCUCUCUGAAAUAAAGAAGCUUGGAAUUUGGGAAGCUUGGAGCUACCUUGCAAACAAGGUUUUGAUUGUAAACCAUGAUGAGCCAUGAUCUUGACAUAAAAGACAAAGUGAUAUGUUUGUUGGAGCAGUUUAUACCUGUCAGGUGUAAUCUUCUCCCACUUCUUCAAAGAACGGAUCCAUUCAGUAAUUCACACCUUCCUUGGAAUCUGUGACAUACCCAUGUUUAAAAAAAAAUUCAUACUAAUGUGCUCAAUUUGCAGAAGUUCCUAUUUCACAGUAGCUGGAUCCUGUAGCAAUGAGCUGCUGACUUCAUCUGCUUGAAUCCCUGAGGGUUGCUCAUGUGAUACCUGUUCCAAACUCCCACUGACCUGAUCUAAAUUAGGUCAGGUUUAUGUCUUCAGUGAAGAAUUGGGCUUAACAUCUCUUGCCAGGAACAAACAUCAGAAAUUACCUGUAAAUAUAUUCUGUAGCUAAUGUUUGUAGGCACAGCAGGCUAACAGGUAUUUUUGAAUGUCAAGGUACACAUUUUUAUUUGCUUAGAGUUGCACAAAGCUCAUGUGCAGAACAAAAUUCAAAGACUCAGCACAGUCCUGUCUAAUAUUUCAUUCCCUCCUCUCCUCCUGCAUAUAAUACCUGUAUCUUUUUCUGAGUUCCUGCUGCCUGUCUGAUGCAGCUGGAAAGUUUCAGAGUCAGUCAGUGCCCACUAUUUAUUUAGGGGCUUGGAGGAUGCUGACCAGCAUUGUCUGAUUCACUUGCAAACCUUUAGUUAAAGACCAAAGGUUAAUCUAAACUAGGUUAGGUCCUAACUGAUGACAGGAGAAGAAGCACUUUAGCCCAGAGAGUGGAGUCUGUGAUAAUGGAGGGUCUUCCUGGCCAUCCUGAGAGCAUGAGAGGUGUAACCCAGCAGUCCAGGACUUGCCCUGGUGGCUUCAGUGCCAGGUGUGUGAGGUCAGAGGCGUGCCAGGCUCCUCCUGCUGCAGCACAUGGAGGGGUGAAGGCUUUGUGUUUGUGUCCACUCGACUUCCCUAACAUUCUUUUUUCCAUUCUGGAAUUAAUUUGAGUCGGAUCCCCUUUUCCUGGAGUGAUUUGCAGUACCUGCGGCCACUGCUCAAGUCCACCCACUCGUUUUUGGAGUCACCUGUGCAGGAGAGACCAAAAGUUGUUUACAAACCAUCUACUCUGGGCCUGGAUUAGUCUCUACAUGCUGAGAAUUGAGACGUGCAUAAAGACAUUGUGCUAAAAUCAGUGCUAUUCACACUCAAUAGAAACACUUCAGAAACCUGCAGUAUGAAUUGUUAAUGUUUGUGUGCUGAUUUUUAUCUCUAGUGGGGAGAAAUCUAUAAUUCAUGUGUUAUACAAAAGAAUCAGAGGACCAAGGUUUCCAGCUACUCAUACUGCCUUUUGAGUAUCUUAACUGUGUCUUGGUUGGAUGGUGUUAACUUGUUGUCUGAGACUGUUAUGGUGAUUGUAUUGAUUAAUUUUAUUUUAAAAUAUGUGGCAAGGAAGAUUGUAAUAAAAGCAUCUACGUUUAUUAUACUGUGCACACACAAAUUGUUAGAUCCUAUUUUUAAAAAUGUUAAUCAUUUCAGAAUUAAACAGCACAAGAAUGGUUUGAUAGUCUUGCUGAAUAAAGUGGAUGUAAUUAAAUGUUUCCUUAGUUAUGUCCUAGGAUAGAGAAAGGGUAGUUAUGGAAGAGAGCACAUUUCUGCCCUGUAAUCAUCUUACUGUAAGUUAUGGAUGUGGAAGUGAGUAACAUCUUUGUCCUAAUUUUUAUUUUUUUAAAGAUGUUUCAUGGGAAGAAAAUUGCUGGCAUUCUGCACCACUCCCUUGCAUUCCUCUCACUUGUAUGUGUAGGACCUCAUUGUGUUGUAAUCUUUUUUCCUGCAAAGAGGGGCUUGGAAUUAGAACCAGAACUCAUUUUGAGAUCUCCUUCUUGUAUUCAGCUGCACUCAAUUAUGUUUUUACCUUCACUGUUCAGGGUGGAGCACACAGGGCUGUAGAGGGGGAAACAAAUAUUCCUCUGGAAACAAGAGCUGCUUCCAUCACUCAGCAGUGUCCCUGCCAGGGUGGUGGUUUGCAGGAGGAGGAGAGCAGGGACCCAGGUUAAGGAGAGCAGAAAGUGAAUUGCUGUGUCAUUACACUUUGUCCUGGAGAGCUUUGGUUUAUAUUUAUGCAGAAGAAAACCACCUCUCCCCAGUAAAGGUUCUGGUCCAGUUGAAGAAUGCUUUUAAAAGCUGAGACAUGUUAAAAAUAUUGGUCACUCUGGUACUAAAAUAUUUCUUCAUAAAGGGAAACACAUCCCUUUUACAUCCCCUUGCUGGCUUAUUGACUGUAGCCAUUCCACUCCUGUUCAGAAUCCCAGGAUUAAAUAUCCAGAGAGCUGUUCUUCCUGAAAGCACAUGUUCUUCAUGUUCCUGGUAAGUGAGAGCCUGCUGAGCAGUUCUGCAGCUUUCUAAAACAUGCCCAUUAAAGACAUUUGUCAGCCAUGGAAACUAAGCUUUGAGAUGUUCAAUCACAGCCCAAAAAUAGCUCUUUCAAAUAAAUGAAAACUCUGGAAAAUGCAUUAUUGUCAAUAAGUGAGUAAACCAGUGAGUUUAUACAUGCAUGCAGGAGCAGAUUUCAGGUAAAUCCCCGAGGUUCAGUCAGCCACUGGAGGAGUGUGCCCUGAGCAAAGGAGAGACCCAGCUGGUUCUCACCAUGUCCCAGAGGGGAGGAAUGUGGUGUGGUAUUCAACAGCCAAGGAAAACUCCCAUCUGCUUCACCAGGAAACCAGUGCCAGGUGACAGCCCCAGUGCCACCAGUUUGGUGCUUUUACUGCUCUGGCAGCAGAGGAGCUGGAGGCAGAUGGGAAGCUCCUAGAUGUGCAUUCCUGACCCAGUGCCUCCACAGUGCAAAUAAUGGUGACAAAUCCCCCCAGGUGCAGAGCAGUGAACAAGGCAGCACAUUAUUCAGAGACAGAAAACCAGCAAUAUGAGAAGGCUGUGCCAUAUGUUACCACUGAAAUCACACUUACCUAUUGCCCUCGUGGUUGCAUUGCUGUUUAGAAAAAAAUCUGUGUGUAGAAGAGUGUAAUUUAUGUACUCUGUGUGUGCGUGUGUGUGUGUGUAUGUUGAAGCUUUAUUUGCAAUGUGGUAGGGGUGGGAAACAGAAUUUGGGGGGCUGGCUGAGUAGGCCUUCAGGAUGUGAGCAGAAGGUCUUAAAGAAUUAUAUUUUUAUAGAUUGUGCUGAAGUUUUGGGUCCCAGCCACACAUAGCCUUUUCUUCCAGAGAAGUAAAAUGGUUUGGAAAGAGAGUCAGGUGGCUGUAAUAUAGUAGGGAUAGUACAACCCCACCAGCCCUGGACAAACUGAAUAACUUAAUAAAAGAUGCCUUUUUAAGUAAUAUUUUUUUAGUGCUGAAUUGUUAAACAAAGAAAUAUUUAUGAGCAAACUUUCUAUGUACUUAAAGUUUGUGUGGUGCUUUGUACUGACUAGGUGGACCUGUUACCUGUUUACACAUCUUAAAUGAUUGUCCUUGAGGUGUGUGUAGUAAUUCAACAACUUCUAUGCCAGAAAAACAAUGAAGUUCUGUGUAAUAGCAAAUAAUUUAAUUUCUGAUGAAACUGUAGGCUUCCUAGUGUUUGUGUAUUUUUUCUGGUUGGCCAUUACAAGUUGUAUCCUUCCUGCAGUAAGGCUUGUAUGCUUGAUUGUAGAGAGAGGCAAUAGGAUGGUAGAUAACCAUUGUUUAACAAAAAAACCCUAAAUAUUGCUACCUUAUCCAUUUGAAAAUCAGGUAAGCUUUGUGGCAUAAGCCUGAAAUUUUGCAUGGGAAAGAAGUUUCAAAUACAUGUAGGUUAGGUUAAAAAUUGGGGAUGGGUUUGUUUAUUUAAUUAAUUAAGACAGGGAGGUCCUAAAAGUGCUUAAUAGCAACAUGGACAAGCCAAGAGAUGAACAAAAAUGGCUUGUUCCCAUUGUAUGGACCUGACCAGGCUAAUCCACAGCUUGUGCCAAACCUGUGCACUGACAGGGGAAUAGACAAGUGGGGAAAGUAAAGAUUUUUUCCUUGUAGUUUGUCAGCUGUAAUAGCGUGAAGAAUUUCAGUUGUUUGUUCUGAAUUCGAGUUCAUAAAUACCCUUCAGGAGAGCUGAGUUACUGAUAAAAUCUCAUUCAGUCAGAAGGCAAAGCUGUUCACAGGGUUCAAAACCAGAGCAGGGUUUUUUCAUCUUGCUAAACAUACUGUCUUUGUUUCUCAGGGCUGAGAGACCAGGGCUAAAGCACAACUGAACAGAUACUGUCCAGAUUAAUUCUUCUGGUUGAACUUCAGGGUCUCUGUAAAAAGCACAAGGGUCUGCAUCAUAAAGGAGUUUUUGGAGCACUGUCCUUGGUGAUUUGGCAAAACUGAGCAUCACUUGCUAUAUCCCAUUUAAUUAAAGUGGCAGCAUCCUUGCCACUCCUGUGAAUAAAUCACCACUGCAAAAAGCAGAGGAGAAUUUACCCUGAGUCUUUCUCCUGAGAGUUCCCCAUUUCUGGAUGUGUCAAAAAAGCAGCAUUUCUGCUUUGCUAAGUUAGCAGGAGAAAUGUCACUGAGAUGAAUAAUGGAUUGCUGGGGAGGGAACAGCAGUGCUGGGGAUGUGUUGUGCCUGGCUCUUCCUCCCCUGGGAAUCUGUGGGUGCAGUGUCCCCAUGGUGGUGGCAGUGAUGUUUUGCCUGCAUCCCCCUGUUGGGGAGAUGUGGAGGAGUGGCUCUGAGCAAGCGGGAGCUGAGGUCAGGGGGGAGCUGUCGGGUUUGUUGGGCAAUGCUGUACCAGGGAUGUGGUUCAGGACAGCUCUGUGUGCACCCAAAAGCUCCUGGUGUGCAGCCCCCUGCUUUCCUGGCCACGGAGUAAUCCUCUUAGAUUUCUCCUGCAGGCCAUGGACAAUUAAGAGACUCUAGAAGUGCAUUACUCAGAUGGUUCAGGCUUGGCUUUUGUGCUUUUGAAAAUAAAGGGAGAGAAUUACCAGCUACUGUGGUGGAUCUGUCUCAGCUACACCAUAAAACUGUGCCCUAAUCUUCCUCUCCAUCACCUCUGCUGCCACUGAUUUGCCUGUCCCCAUAACAAGGGACAUGAAGGAGCUGAAAUCAAUGGGGAAUUCAGUCAAAAUCCCUGAAGUUUUAAUCUUUAGUUCCCUAAACUCCUCAUCCUGGAAGCAGAUAAGUGCCCAUGCUGCUGCUAGAGAGGGUCUGGGACAAUGCAGCUGCUCAGAAUGAGGGAGAGUGGAAUUGCCUCUCUCCCUGAAAGCAAGGUGAGCAGGACCUAAUUGCAGAGCUGCACUGUUAAUGGUAAAGAAAAUAAAUAUUUGUGAGCAAAGUACUUGAAAGAAGAGCUGGUGAUUCAGUGAUCAGAGUUUGGUGUUCUCAAUGCAACAAAAAUAUUAUAGUACUAAAAAAUCUGGUGUGGCUGUUCUUAAUGAUCUGUGUGAUGCUUGUGCCUAGCAGAGCAGAAAACAGCAUUGAAUAAAUCAGUGCUCUAAAUAGGGAAUGUAACAGGGAGAUCCAGGUGGAGAAAAUGUCAGGUUUGUUUUCACAGCACUUGCAUGCUGUCAGAGUUGUCCAGGUCUGGCUCUUUUCCUUCCUGCUCCCUUUAAGGAAAAAUGGCAUAAAUAAACCAGUACAUAAAUAAGGGAAUUUAUGUGGCAUUAAUACUGAUUUUCAUUGCCAGAUUGAUAAGGCUUUGCACACCAGAGGUCUCUAGUCCACCAGGGGCUUUCAGAGGUGUGACAGAGCCUGUCACAGCUGGCUUGGAGCACAGUCCUGGGGACACAGCUGUGACAGAUGGCAUUGGGAUGCCACCUGCAGGCCCUGCUGUCCUGCAUUGUACAGCACGUGUCCUCACUGGUGUGUGCUGCAUGUGAACACAGCCUUGGCAGGGAGGAAAGGGCUUGUGGCUGCAGUGCAGUGCUGGGAGGAAACCCUGGAGAAUUCAGCACCUUCCAGCGAUCCUGCAUUGCUGUCAGGGUUUGGCAGUGCAGUGCAUCCCCUUGCAGUGUUGCUUGCUUUCUGGGAGAUGGGACUGGCAGCCCAUACACUGCUUUAACAUGCUUUUAUCUGGCUGAAUGUGGAAAACUAAUCAAGAUUGUUAAAAAUGGAGGGGAGGGAUAGCUGUGAAUUUGCCUAGGACCUAUGUGAGUAGAGAGACUGAGAUUUGUCUCUAAUUCAGAAAUAAUUCAAUACUGACCAAAUGAGUGCCAUGUCUACAAUGGGUAGUAGCACCUGGAAGAGGCCAAUAUUUAGGGUUUUUGCCCAAAGCACAUUUAGCCCUGCUCUACUGUUUAGUGAAAAUGCCCAGUGCAGAUGCCACCAGAGCCUCAUCUCGUGGAGUAAUGCUGUAAUAAAGAAUGUGGUUUUCUUGUGCAAGUCUUGACCUCUUCUUAUGAAAAUAAGACACAACUCAGUAUUUUCAUGGUGUAUAAGUGAAAUGUAAUUUUUUUUUUCAAUAAAAUACAUUUCCUUUCCUAAA